AUGAGUUCUUGCCAUCGGCUUCAUUCGAUAAUAUUUGGUGGCACGUCUUCAUAUCUAUCUAUCUAUCUAUCUAUCUAUCUAUCUAUCUAUCUAGUUCAGUCUGUUCAUUAUCUAUCUAUCUAUCUAUCUAUCUAUUUCCCUCUUUUCAUAUAUGUCUAUUCAUAUCUAUCUAUCUUUCACAGUCUGUUCAUAUCUAUCUAUCUAUCUAUCUAUCUAUCUAUCUAUCUAUCUAUCUAUCUAUCUAUCUCCCUCUUUUCAUAUAUGUCUAUUCAUAUCUAUCUUUCUCAGUCUGUUCAUAUUUAUCUAUCUAUCUAUCUAUCUAUCUAUCUAUCUAUCUCCCUCUUUUCAUAUAUGUCUAUUCAUAUCUAUCUAUCUUUCUCAGUCUGUUCAUAUCUAUCUAUCUAUCUAUCUAUCUAUCUAUCUAUCUAUCUAUCUAUUUCCCUCUUUUCAUAUAUGUCUAUUCAUAUCUAUCUAUCUAUCUAUCUAUCUAUCUAUCUAUCUAUCUAUCUAUCUCCCUCUUUUCAUAUGUGUCUAUUCAUAUCUAUCUAUCUUUCUCAGUCUGUUCAUAUCUAUCUAUCUAUCUAUCUAUCUAUCUAUCUAUCUAUCUCCCUCUUUUCAUAUAUGUCUAUUCAUAUCUAUCUAUCUUUCUCAGUCUGUUCAUAUCUAUCUAUCUAUCUAUCUAUCUAUCUAUCUAUCUAUCUAUCUAUCUGUUUAUACAUGCCUCUUCAUAUCUAUCUCUCAAUCUAUCUUAGUCUGUUGAUAUCUAUUUAUCUAUCUCUAUCUCAGCUUGUUCAUAUUUAUUUAUCUAUUUCAAUCAUAUCUAUCUUACUCGUCUCUGCAUAUCUAUCUAUCUAUCUAUCUAUCUAUCUAUCUAUCACAAAUCUCUUCAUAUCUCCCCCUUCUCUCUUUUUCUCUCUCUCUAUAUAA